GUGUUGGAUCAAUUUUCCGUAGCCCUGCACGGCUGCACCCUUAGGUUUAUUGGCGGGAAAAAUAACUGAAAAUGGCGGGAACUUGGUCAACAUUUUGAUAGAGUUACAUAUAGAAUGUGAAACUACCGCUCUAUGAACUUUCAGUGAAAACACCCAAUUUAAUCAAUACUGUAUCCCUUUAGUGCGAUCAAAGAAAGAUGUUUGGAAGCAGUCAAUUGGACUCAUUUUCUAGUGGAGGUUUUAUGCCUUCUCAAGGCGGCUCCGAUCCUUCUCGCACUUCCGCUAAGAGUCGGGAUAACCCACCUCUGCUUCCGCUAACAGUGAAACAGAUAAGCGAAGCAGUUCAAUCAAGUGAUGAGAAAUCUAACUUUGUUGUUGAUGGUGUCGAUGUCAACAAUGUGAGAUUGGUCGGGAUGGCAUUUAAGAAAUCUGAGAGAGUGACAGAUGUGUCGUUUGCGAUUGAUGAUGGCACUGGUCGCAUUGAAUGCACUAGAUGGGUGAAUGAUGCUGUGGAUACCAAGGAAGUGGAGGAAGUAUCGGAUGGAAUGUAUGUCCGGGUCCAUGGACACUUGAAAGGUUUUCAGGGUAAAACACAACUAGUGGUCUUUGCUAUCAGACCUAUAACUGAUUACAAUGAGGUUGCUACCCACUUCCUUGAAUGUAUCUAUGUCCAUCACUGCAAUAGGAAGCCACAGAGCGGUCUUUCUGUCUCCACUCCUGGCCAAACUGAUGCGCCUGCAGCUGUUAGUACCCCUUCAGGUGGAUACAAUUCCAGUCAAUUCUCUGGACAAUUGAACAUUGAUGGCCUCAAGGGCAUGGAAAAAGUUGUGAUCGAUUAUUUGGAACAACCGUCAUCACUUGCGCAGGAGAAAGGGAUACACCGGAAUGAAAUUGCUCAACAACUUAAAGUUCCUCUGGAGAAAAUCAUGGAAGCAAUAACAUCUCUUGAAUCGGAAGGGCUGGUUUACUCUACCAUCGAUGAAUGUCACUACAAGUCGACAAGUGCUUAAAGCUUUGCUUACAUGCUCAGGGACUCAGAGGAAAGAUCAUAGUAAGCUUGACCUCGUCAAAUAUAUCAAGUUUUAGGAACUGAUUUCUCGCAUUGCAGUCUAGCUCUGAAUUGGAGUCGAUUUAUGGACGAAGCUAAGCCUGUGACCAAUAUUUUCUUUUUGUUUUGUCAAGAGUCGUGGAUCUGUUUGCCACUCCUGUUUUGAUGUAAAGAAUUAUCUAUGGAUAGAGAUAAGCAGGUCUUUCGUCUUUAAAAUUAAAUCCACUUUUUGGCAGACCAA